UUUCAGGUUUUACUGUGGAGGUGAAGAUGAAGCCUAUUUUCGUCGGGAACUUUGAGUUUGAUACUCGCCAGUCAGAACUGGAACGGUUGUUUUCCAAGUAUGGAAGAAUAGAGCGAGUCGACAUGAAAUCUGGCACAUGAUCUACUAAGGAAAAAGAGCUUCUCAUGGCUCAACCCAAAAAAAUUCUAAUGCAAGGAAACUCCAUCUGCCUGCCUGCUCCUCCUCCUCCUGAUAGAUGGAAAUGUUCUGAAUUUCUUACAUCGAUCUUCUGUCAUUCGCUUACUUCACGAGAAUGAUCUAUGGUGAGAUCAGUCCAUUCAUCAUGCCAUGCCUACCAAUUCUGAAAUCGUGCUGUGAAAUUGGUGAUUCAUGCUUAGCAAUGACUACUCAGACCUGACUUUAAUCCUUUAAUAAGCCUUCAUCACCUUGACCAUCAUCAUCAUCAAAUUGAUCUAGUUCAUGCAAGGCCUCUACCUCCUUACUUUCCUCAAGCCUUCUCACAUACUUGCAGGGUUUGCUUUUGUCUACUUUGAGGAUGAGCGAGAUGCAGCAGAUGCAAUCCGUGGGACUGACAACAUUCCAUUUGGUUAUGAAAGGCGCCGUCUGUCAGUGGAAUGGGCAAAAGGGGAACGUGGUAGGCAUCGUAGUGAUGGUCCAAAGUCUGGUGGAAACCAGAGGCCAACAAAAACAUUGUUUGUCAUAAACUUUGACCCUAUUCGUACUAGGGUCCGAGACAUUGAAAAACACUUUGAACCUUAUGGCAAAGUUCUUCAUGUUCGCAUACGUCGCAAUUUUGCGUUUGUGCAGUUUGAAAAUCAGGAAGAAGCCACAAGAGCUUUGGAGUGUACACACAUGAGUAAGAUCCUGGAUAGAGUGGUUUCAGUGGAGUAUGCGUUGAAAGAUGAUGAUGAGAGGGGGGACAGAUAUAACAGCAGCCCUAGAAGAGAUUAUGGCAGGCAAAGGGAUAGCCCUACUUAUCGUAGGUCACCUAGCCCAAUGUAUCGCAGGAACCGACCUAGUCCAGAUUAUGGACGACCUAGUCCGGACUAUGGACGACGUCAUAGUCCUGUUCGUAACGGUCCAUCAUAUGACAGAUACAGGAGUCCAGAGUAUGGAAGGUAUCGCAGCAGGUCUCCUGUUCGGAGGUCAAGAUGAGUCAGUUCGGCAUCUGGGAGAGCUUGUGUUAUCAUAAUGUAAAUGCUUGCUGCAGUCUACUGCUUGUGUAGGAGAAGAUCAAUCAAUCUUUUAUCGAUGUAAUGGAUUAGCUGUUACAUUUUGUUGCUUUAACUUUGUGAAUUUAGCUAUCAGAAAACGUUGCUGUAGUAGAAUCAUUGCUUAUGCUAUUCGAGACCAGUUGGACAUUA